AAUUGUAAACAAAGACACAACUUUUUCAAAUAGCUUAAACCAAUGAAGCGAUGUAAUAGAUACUCAAAGUGUUAGUCCAGUUUGCAUUUUUGGUUGUACAAGAGAAAACCCUGAAAGAAAAUGGAGAAUACAUUUUCAGUUGGUCUUAAACACAAUAUUGCCCCUCAUCAAGAAUUUCUUCUGCAAGGCAGUAUAUUGGACAGUCAUAAAGAGGUGUUACUGCACAGACUGAGAGGACUAUGUGAUAAUGCUGAAAAAGCUCCAGAACCGUUUUAUGAUCAUGAAAUGGUAUUUAUGUUGAGAGGAGCGACUGCCCAACAAAAUCCUGUUUUAUUUCGUGUGAGAAGAUCAGUUGAACCCAGAGAUGAUACAUCAUGGCAUAUAAGAUAUCUGGGAACCUCAGAAGUCGGAGAUAAAUCAAGACAUACUUUAGUCAGAGCUUGUUUUGAUGUGGCCUGUUCGAAUAAUGUUGUACAGUUUUUAAAUGAAAUGGGUUUCAAAUUAGAUCAUGAAUACUGUGUCAAGGGUUAUUUCUUUCAUAAAGGUAGAAUGAAAGUCACAGUUUCUAAGAUAUUCAGGAUGGCACCUUCUGGUGGAUCUGACAUCAACACACAAGAAGCCAUGUCUCAUUCCCAUCUAGUAGAACUGAGUGUUGUAGCACCUGCUGGCCAGGAACAAAUAGCUGAUGAUAUGAAAAACUUUGCUGAACAACUCAAACCAUUAAUUCAGCUGGAGAAGGUAGAUCAGAAAAGACUGUCAGUUCAAUGAUAAAUCUGUUUAUUGAUUAUAAUAAAGAUGAUAAACAAUAACAAAGGAAGAUUAUAUGGUUAUUUUGUUGUUUGUUAUUGAAUAUGAAACAGUUUUAAAGAAGAAGAAGAAAUCCAUGGGCUGAAUACAAUUAACAUGGACAACACAAGUGGUGAAAUUAUGAAAUUUAACAGAAGAAAUAAAUUUUGUUCUUAUGGCUCUAUAUAUUUAAGUCCAUUGUUUUGAGAGGUAAAGAAAGUGAACAUUCCUGAGUGUGAAAAUAAAUUGUAUCCAAACCUCAAGUUCUUAGUUAACCUUCCCCAAAAUAACCUCUUGAUUUCCAUGAUUUGUUGAAUUCAAUCUGAUUAAAAUGCUAAUUGAGAUCUUUUAUUGAACACAGCAUGAGAUAGGUUGAAUAUCAUACAACCCAGAAUAUAAGAUGGAUGGCUAGUGGUGUCACUGACAAAAAAAACACAAAAUGAAAUAUCCAGAUUUGAAUUUAAAUCAGAUUGUGUUGUAGGCACCAGGGAAAAAACUAAACCCUGUUUUUCAAAAGUGAUAGAUAAUGGAAUUAAAAGACAGAUUAUUUUUAGAAAAUUGACAAUUUACUACAUAGCAUAAACUUAUCUAAUCCAUUUUCACCGAAUCAAGUCUAAAAUAAUGUGUUAACUGGUAACCAGUAAUUAUAAGUGUUAUUAUUAAAAAUAUAUAUCUUAAAUAACAUAACAUUAAGUAACUGCAAUCUAAUAAAAAAAAAAAUAUAGCUAACACAAAUAUUAACUCCAAAUAUAUAUUUAAAUUUAAAUAAACUUAACCAGUGACAGCAUACUAGGUGAUGUAGUCUGUAGGUAUCUUUAUGACCAGUCUUUAACAUAAUUUUUGAAUCUCAUGUUGG